AUGCCUUGGGGGUUUGAAGAUCGUUUUUCCAGAUGCAUUGUGAUUAUUGUCCCUUUAAUUUUGUUGUUAAGUUGUCCGGCAAAGUCCUUGAGCCGGCAAGGAUUGUACCUCCUGGAGUUGAAAAAAACCAUAAUCGAUCCGAAUAAUGUUCUUUCAAGUUGGAACCCUAGUGAUCAGACCCCCUGUAGUUGGGUUGGGGUGAAUUGCUCAUCGGGUUUCCAUCGGGUUGUGUGGUCCCUCGACUUAAGCUCGAAAAAUCUUUCGGGCACUUUAAGCCCAAGCAUUGGCCAUCUAGUCUUUCUAAGACAUCUCGAUCUUUCCUUUAAUGGGUUCACAGGGAUUAUCCCGAGGGAGGUCUCGAGAUGUUCAAGGCUGGUGACAUUUAACUUGAACAAUAAUUAUUUCGAAGGAGAGAUUCCCGUGGAGUUGUUUAACCUGUCUCGUUUGAGAAACAUAAAUAUAUGCAACAACCAUAUUUCUGGUCCGAUCCCGGAGGAAAUCGGAAAACGUACUUCUCUAGUUCACUUUAUCGCAUACAGCAACAAUAUCACGGGCUCUGUGCCAAAGUCCUUGGGUAACUUGAGAAGCUUGAAAAGCUUUCGGGUCGGUCAAAAUGCGAUUUCUGGAAGUUUACCAGCCGAGUUAAGCAAUUGCUUGAGCCUGGAGAUUCUUGGUCUAGCGCAAAACCAACUAGGAGGCAACUUGCCCAAAGAACUGGGAAAUCUCAAGAACAUGACCGAUCUCAUUCUUUGGGGUAACCAGUUUUCUGGACUUAUACCGAAGGAGCUCGGGAACUGUACGAGACUCAGAAAUCUCGCUUUGUACCAAAACAACCUCGUUGGAAAAAUUCCUUCCGAAGUUGGUAAUAUCCGAUCUCUGAGGAAGUUGUACUUGUACAGAAAUGGAUUGAGUGGAACUAUUCCGAAGGAAAUCGGAAAUCUUAGUUUAGGAUUAGAAAUGGAUUUGUCGGAGAAUAAUUUAUCGGGGGGGAUUCCUGUGGAAUUGGCUCAAGUAAGGGGACUGCAAUUACUCUUCUUAUUCGAAAAUGAGCUUAGUGGCAGUAUCCCACCAGAACUAAGUAGCUUGGGGAAUUUGACGAAGUUAGAUAUUUCGAGGAACCAACUAAGUGGUCCAAUCCCAUCUAGCUUCCAAUAUUUUCCUAGCAUUCGACAGUUAUACUUUAUUGGUAAUAAUCUGAGUGGUGUCAUACCACAGGGCCUCGGCCUCCACAGUCCGCUUUGGGCCGUUGAUUUUAGCAACAAUCAGUUAACGGGUAAGAUUCCUCCUUUUAUGUGUCAAAAUUCUAACUUGAUUUUGCUGAAUCUUGGAUCGAACAAAUUGCACGGAAGAAUCCCGUCAGGCAUCAUCAAUUGCAGUUCGUUGGUUCGCCUAGUCCUCACUGGUAACAAGCUUAAAGGGGGUUUCCCUUCGGAUAUUUGUAAAUUGACCAAUAUAUCGGAUAUCGAGUUGGGGCAGAACAAGUUUGGUGGUCCCGUAAGUCGGGAAAUUGGAAGCUGUCAGAAAUUGCAGAGGGUCGAUUUAUCGGGAAAUUACUUCACGUCCAAGCUGCCGAAAGAGAUUGGGAACUUGCAGCAGAUCGUGGAAUUUAAUAUUUCGUCAAACUCAUUCACCGGAAGCAUACCAGUCGAACUCGCCAACUGCAAGGCUUUACAAAGGCUUGAUCUAAGUAGGAACAAGUUUUUCGGCACUUUACCUAAUGAGAUAGGUUCUCUUUAUCUGCUUGAACUUCUGACUAUUUCGGAAAAUGCAUUUUCGGGAAACAUACCGCCGGGGUUAGGGAAUCUGUCUCGUUUGACCGAACUACAGAUGGGCGGGAAUUUAUUUUCUAGUAAGAUUCCUAAGGAGUUGGGCAAUCUUGUCGGGCUCCAAAUUGCACUGAACCUGAGUUAUAACAACAUAAGCGGUAGCAUUCCGCCAGAGCUCGGGAACUUUAUUCUUUUGGAGUACAUUUUUCUCAACAACAACCACUUGAGCGGUGAGAUUCCCGACUCAUUCGGCAACCUGACGAGCCUUCUCGGCUGCAACUUUUCGUACAACGAGCUGACGGGCUCGCUGCCUUCCGCACCACUUUUUCAGAACAUGAGCUCCAGUAGCUAUAUUGGAAACAAGGGGCUUUGUGGUGGACCCCUCGGCGUUUGUUACCUGUAUGCAGAUGGUCCUACUUUACCGGAUAUCAAUGAUUUUGCUCAGAGGAAAAUUGUCACCAUAGUUGCCUUUGUCACAGGUUUACUCUCCCUUUUCCUUAUCAUAGUUAUCUUGUACGUUAUGAGGUAUCGUAAUUAUGUCUGGAUUUCGUCCAUGCGGGAAAAGCCCGUGGAGUGCGACAUUUAUUUCCCCCCGAAAGAGGGUUUCACCCUUGAGGACUUGGUCGAGGCCACCAACAACUUUGACGAAAGGUUUGUUAUUGGGAGAGGGGCUGCUGGGACCGUGUACAAGGCAGUGUUGCAGUCUAUUCAAGUUAUUGCUGUGAAGAAGCUUGUGUCCAAUAGGGAGGGAAACAGUAAUAAUAACAUUGAUAACACAUUUCGAGCUGAGAUUUUGACCCUCGGUAGUAUCAGGCACCGUAACAUCGUGAAACUGUACGGUUUCGUGUAUCACCAGGGCUCGAAUCUUCUUUUCUACGAAUAUAUGGAGAAGGGCAGCUUGGGCGAGUUGCUUCACGGAGAGUGUUGUGAGCUCGACUGGCCCACGCGUUUUAAGAUUGCUGUUGGGGCUGCUGAGGGUCUUGCGUAUUUGCAUCACGACUGCAGGCCCAGGAUCAUUCACCGUGACAUAAAGUCGAGCAACGUAUUGCUUGAUGACAAGUUUGAAGCUCAUGUCGGUGAUUUUGGGUUGGCCAAAAUGGUUGAUUUGCCAGUAUCCAAGACAGUGUCAGCAGUUGCUGGGUCGUAUGGUUAUAUAGCCCCUGAAUAUGCGUACACUAUGAAGAUCACGGAAAAAUGUGACGUUUACAGUUAUGGAGUGGUUCUUUUGGAGUUGUUGACCGGAAAAACUCCCGUGCAGCCACUUGAUGAUGGAGGCGACCUCGUCUCACUUGUGAAGAAUUAUGUCCGGGUGCACUCACUUUCGCCAGGGAUACUGGAUAGUCGUUUGAAUCUGGAAGAUGAAGCUUUUGUUACUCACAUGACUGAUGUUUUAAAAAUUGCGCUUAUCUGCACUAGCAUGUCCCCUCAUGAUCGACCAUCUAUGCGGGAGGUUGUACUAAUGCUGCUCGAAUCCAGUGAUCGAGGAGCAAAUUACGAUUUACCUCUACAGUAG